GAUAUGGACCAAGUGCAGGCAGAUGGGACUAGUGUAGCUGGGACAUUGUUGGCCGGUGUGGGCAAGUUGGGCCGAAGGGCCUGUUUCCACACUGUAUCACUCUGUGACUAGUGUAGCUGGGACAUUGUUGGCUAGUGUUGGCAAGUUCGGCCGAAGGGCCUGUUUCCACACUGUAUCACUCUGUCACUAGUGUAGAUGGGGCAUUGUUGGCUAGUAUGGACAAGUUGGGCUGAAGGGCCUGUUUCCACACUGUAUCACUCUGUCACUAGUGUAGAUGGGACAUUGUUGGCCGGUGUGGGCAAGUUGGGCCGAAGGGCCUGUUUCCACACUGUAUCACUCUAUGACUAGUGUAGAUGGGACAUUGUUGGCUAGUAUGGGCAAGUUGGGUCGAAGGGCCUGUUUCCACACUGUAUCACUCUGUGAGCCCUGGUUUUGACCCCUGCUCUCUCUCUCUCCUCCAGCGUCCGGUGAAGUGGUCAACUCCAGCAUGCGGUGGAAAUCUUCUGGUCGGGAGUCUCGGCUUCAGGCGAUGAACUGCAGCGGCGAUGCCAUCGUCAUUCCCGAGCGGGGCCACUACUACAUCUACUCUCAGGUCUCGUUCGUGGGAGGGGGCUGUGAGAACGGUUCGGAGGUACUGGAGAACACGCUGCUGUACUCAGCCCCCCAGUCUCGUGGCCGACGCCAGCACCAGCACCAGCAGCAGCAGCACCCGGUGGAACUGAUGCAGGCCACCCAGACCGUCUGCCAGGGCCCCAACAACAAACCCUGGUACCACUCCUUGCACCAGGGUGGGCUGCACUGGCUGGAGAAGAACACUCGCAUCUCCGUGAAGAUCAGGCCCUUCCAUCGGGCAGAGUUGGAACAUCACAAGACUUUCUUUGGGGCAUUCAAGCUCCAGUGA